CCUCAUUCAUAUUUGGGAUAAUCUCUGAACCCUUCGUCGUUUUGAAGGAAGCAAGUUUCGUUCCAGCUGCAGAACCAUGCGCUUGAUCCUCGCGUCCUUGGUGCUGGUCGCACUUCUGCUUCAAACGGAAGCGUGCAACCAUGUCGGUGAAGCGAUGGGGGGGGCAAUGGAUAUGAUUGACGCGUACCAGGACAUGCAUCAAGCGGACUAUGUGGGCGCGGACAAAUACUUCCACGCCCGAGGCAACCGGGACGCCGCAAGCCGAGGGCCUGGGGGCAGAUGGGCGGCUGAAAAAAUUAGUGACGCCAAAGAGUGGUUUGACCAGAUCAGAGGUGAUCCCGCCGCUGACUCUGAAAUGGAUCAAGAAGCCAACCGCCUCGGCCGCGAUGGUGGAGACAUCAGCGUACUCUUGCCCCCGGGCAUGGAUGAGCCUACAGAUGACUGAAUGUAGAUGUGGACUUGAUUUUUGUAUCCGAUGAUUACUUGCAACUAAAUUUUAGUUUAUCCUUACCAAUGAAUCAAGAACAAGUAUGAAUUCGGUUCAGUUUAAACGAAAUUGAGUGGACUCUAUUCUCUAUUUGAAGGAUAUUUGGGGACUUAUUACAAUAUUGAAUAUUACAUUGAAAAGCCAGAAAUAAGUUGCUAAAGGUGCACUCCAAAAUAGUUUUUCCAAAAAGUGCUUCAAUCGUAUGAUAUAUAUAUACAUAUAAUA